AUGGCCAACAACGACGACCGGCCCAUGUCUGCCCACCCGCCCCAGCACCAUGCCUCGCACAUGCCCAGCGACCUCAAGCGCAAACGCAGUCCCUCGCACGAGAUGCACCUGGCGCCUGCGCCACUGCCCAAAACCGCCAAGCACAACCAUUUGCAGAUCAACUACCUCGCCAGGCACAAUGAGAACGACUUGCCGCUUAUUACCAACGAUGACACGCUGCCAAACAUCCUCUCGCUGCUCAGCGACUACCAGGGCGUCCUCGACCGCCACGAGAGCAUGGCCUGCAACCUAGGCGCUCGCCCUCUGGGUCCCAUUCUCAUCAAGCGCUUCGAGCGCCUGUUCGACGGUCCCCCCAGAGUCCUCAAGAGCCAUGGCAAGGACGGCACCACCGUCUCCUGGCUCGACGUGGUCGAGUUUGCGCGCAACAAGCCCGAGCAGUUUCAGCUCGACCAGAUGAGCGAGGGCGUGAGGGUCUGCCAGUUCUACACCAAGCAAUGUCGGGUCCAGAUCUCCGAGGAAGACUUCGUCUUGAUCUCAUCUGGCAUUCCCCAGAAGAUGAUCCCCCCACAGCCCAUCAUCGAAGACGAGGAGAAGGAGCUGGGUACCAUGGAGAUUCUGGAAAAGAACCUCAGCCAAAUAUGCUCUUUGGCCGAUCAAGUUGCUGCUCGCACGAGACAGCUCAAUCACCGCCUCAAGGGCCGCAAACAGGCAAUCCUCGACCGCAGAGCCACUGCGACUCCAACGCCUCAAAUUCCCCGCCCCACGAGUCCUUCAAACGUCGCCCUUAUGAACGGUAGCAAUCCAAGCGUCCCAGGCCCAGGUCACAAUCAACCCUCGCACCCGUCACCCAGCAGCAGCGGCUUUGUAGCCGUCAAUGCGCGUCAGCACCACGAAUCCAACGGCCAUGGGCACAGCCAUAAUCGUGGUCAUGGUUCUUCAUCAUCUACCCGCCAUGAACUGCUAUCCAAAUUCCAUACUGUGAACGACCGGCGUUUGUCAUCGCAGCCUCCCAGCGCCAAUGUUGAACCAAUUGCAAGGCCUUCACAUCCUCUCAAUGAAUCUGAGCUGCACAAUAUGAUGAACUCACCCGUCCCAAUACCAAACACGCCUUCUAGCCUCCUCCCAGCUUCCAGUCAACGCGCCAGCCAACAACCGGAAAAGGAUGACGGCGGCCCCUUCAAAGUUGAAAUGGUGCACAGAAUGGAGAGUCUCGCCAAGGGCGAGCGUAUUGUCCCGCCCUGCGAUCGCUGUCGAAGAUUACAUAUGGACUGCUUGAAAAACCUGACAGCGUGCAUGGGCUGUACAAAGAAGCACGCAAAAUGCUCGUGGAGAGAAGUUCGCGAGGGCGAAUUGCGUGGCGGCUAUACCUAUCCUACUGGAACCACUAGCAAUGGUCAGAGUGAAACAAGUGAUCAUGAGGCAGGCGACCGUGCCAGUACAGCAAGCCCGUCAGUUAUGUUGAGUCCGUCGCACCAUGGGCUUACGCCAUCACACGUCUCACACAGCAAUGGCCAACACACUCCACAACAUCAACCAUCUCACCACCAGCACACUGAACAGGCUACGCAGCCCCCGCAGCCACACGACGCACCGCAUGACGCGCAGCCCUCUGCCUCUCGCAACACUCCGCCUACGCGCGAGCAUGAGAGAAACGUUGAAGCCCAACUCAAGGAGGCUGCGCAAUCAAGCCUUGCGCAUGCAAACGCAAGGCUCCCCGCAUCAGACGGCAAGACUACAGAUUACGCCAACCAAGCCAUGGUUGCUUAG